UAUCGUCUCUGCGUCUUUGUGAGGACUGCUGUCGCCACCGCUGACAAUGCAGAUCUUCGUGAAAACCUUAACUGGUAAGACCAUCACCCUGGAGGUCGAGCCCAGUGACACCAUCGAGAAUGUCAAGGCAAAGAUCCAGGACAAGGAGGGUAUCCCCCCUGACCAGCAGAGGCUGAUCUUUGCUGGCAAGCAGCUAGAAGAUGGCCGCACCCUGUCCGACUACAACAUCCAGAAAGAGUUCACCCUGCACCUGGUCCUCCGCCUCAGGGGUGGGAUGCAGAUCUUUGUGAAGACCCUGACAGGCAAGACCAUCACCCUGGAGGUUGAGCCCAGUAACACCACCAACAAAGUCAAACAGGAAGAUGGACGCACCUUUCUCACUACAGUGUCUAGAAAGAGCACACCUUGUGCUUGUUCUUGGGCUUGAGGAGGGGAGGUGUCGUAGUUUCCCCCAUCUUUUAACCUGUUAACAAGUUUCAUUGCACUUUGAAUAAAGUUCUUGCAUUCCCAAAAAAAAAAAAAAA